CAUCAUUCAACUGCUGGCUGUCCCAAAUUGCCGUCGGGAAUAAUAUAUCCAACGUCGGUCGCAUAAUCCGACCGCGGACAAUUAAUGGCAUUAACCCACUUCGUCCUGAACGGGAACGCACGCCAUAGCGCAUACUGUUCGUGACAAGAAUGACACGAAAACACCUGGUGUACUGUUUGUGUGAGUUUAUCGCCAUUCUUCCGUGAUUAACCGCUUAAGUAAAUUUAAAACCCGUUCAUCGACCGUUACACGUCAAACCAUUCCCAGUACCAAGAGAUCAACCGCCAAGAACAUAUCAUAUAAUUUUCGCACUCACAAAAAUGAUAUACAAGAUGUUUUUGAUAUUUUUAUUCGUUUUAUUGGUGAUGAACGAAGAAGUCAUCGUUUUAUCGGCUCGAACAAGAUGUCGAUGCUGGGAAGGUUAUAGACCUCAGAGAGCGGACGGAGAACUCAAGUGCUAUUCGAAAGAGUUGUUCCACUGGAUGUCUUGUAACGUUCCUAAGCCGCCUAAAUGCAUCUGUACCGGGAACAACGGCGUUUUAAAGGAUCAUUCAGGAACUUGGUGUACGGUGUACGAGGAUGGAAACGAACACAAGAGGUGGCACUGUGAAAAUUCACAAGAAUGGGAACUAUUUUUAAAAAGUAUACAAAAUUUGAGGAGAUCUCGAAAUUUUUAGUAACCCAUUAUAAAU